AGCUCGGUGACGGGAGGUGAAUGUUGCGCUUCCCGGUUCGGCUUAAACUAGGUCCUAACUCAGUCCCCGUUUGAUCACAGUGCCUGAUGAGAGCGGCGGUCCUCACUCCAUUGCCAAGGCCGAAGCGAACGGCUCCGCUCCCCCAGCGUGACGCUCAACUGAUCGGGGCCAAGGUAGGACUCAACUCGGACACUUCCAUCAAAUUGCUCAGGUCAGUGAGUCCGGAUCGUGCACAGUGACCGCAGUAUGGAGAAGAGUUUACAUGUGUGUGGGCUACGGGCAGCCGGCGCCAGGCAGCCUCUCACUGAGCUGGAGUGCUCCAGAUCUGCAGCGGGUACCUGCCCCUCCGAGCUGACUCUCUCCUGCAAAGUGCUGCCGCUCCUCAAUACUUUCCCCAAGAAGAAACACGCGCAGAGGAAGUUGGAGGUGAGGAAUCACCGAGCGCUCGGAUUAAUCCUCACCAGCUUGUUACGGUCGGACAAACUAGGCGACGGGGUGUUACUUUGCGGCAGCUGUGUAGAAAAUCGGACCGGUUUGUUUGAAUCUUUGAAAAAAGACUCGAAGGAAACUCGACCGUGCCCGAUGUCAGGAAAUGAUGUUUCCACACUAAUGCCAUCUGCGGGAAGUCCUGGCCAGAUGCGACCGCUGCCGGCGCUGGAACACGAUGGCCAGGAAACUCGGCUCCCAGCUGAUCGAUCCUUUGCCACAGAAGCAUCAGCCAUUAUCUCCACGGCUGCACACUCGCUAUUCCAGAACGCAACUUGCUAUUCCACUCAAGAUGCUAUCACCACAGAGUGCUGUAACAACACAGCCCAGCCUCCUGUCGACAACUUCUGUCAGAACCCCCUCUCUCAUGAUCUGCUGCCCCAGGUGAAAGUUGAGAAAGAUGCAAAGACUGGCAUUUUUCAGGAUAAGAGCGAGGAGGCAUCCAUUGACCUUGUCUUUGAUCUUUUGACUCAGUUACAGUAUCACACCCAUCAGGAAGAUGGAAUAGAAAUAUGUGACGAAUUUUUGCAGGGAAUUUGUGUUUAUGGGAAUGACUGUCUGAAACAUCACACAGUUCUACCCUAUCAUUGGCAGCUGAGAAAUAUAAUAACACAGACUUGGCAGGCAGUGUCUGAUGAUGCACAAGAACAUUUAGAAAGACUGUACUGCAAUCCUGAAAAUGUCCAAGUCAAACUUCAAUACCAGGGUCGUGUUUUCUCACUGGAUUUUAACUUGAUGACCGUUUAUGAUGUAGACUUCAACCAAGUGAGGAGAUUGUCCACUGUUUCCUUGGCAAAUUCCAGCUCUCAAUUCCACACAGUUUGGAAGUACUAUUGCAGGGAACACUUUGGCUGGAGAGAGUAUUCUGAGGCAGUUGUUCAGUGUAUUGAGGAAGCCUCAUCCCGCGGCAUGAGUGAGAUCUGCUUCGUUAUGCAGCAAAACAGAUAUAUCCUGAAUUUAAUGGAGGGCUUUCAGCAGAAUGCUGUAUUUGGCACUCGGCGACGAAUCACUCGACGACCCUUGUUUCGCUCUCGUGUAAUGCUGUUACCUUGUUUACAGACUCUAGCUGGUACAUUGGGCAGUCUCUCAAAAUUACCAGAUGGAUCAGUUGCUCGACAAGUCGGUUUUCCUGCUGUCUCUUCCCGUGCAAAACUCUAUCCUGAAACAUGGAUUUCAAUGGAACUAUCAGAAGAUUUCAUUCAAGUGCCAGUUUCCAUAGAAGACAAAAGCUAUAGAACUGUGUAUAAUCUUUUCCACAAAACAAUACCAGAAACCAAAUUUAGGAUUUUAAAUAUACUGAGGGUACAAAAUCCAUAUCUUUGGGAAAAAUAUAAAAGGAAAAAGGAGUACAUGUCACGAAAGAUGUCUGAAAUGGACAAGAUCCUUAAUGAAAGACAUCUAUUUCAUGGAACAUCCCAGGAUGUAGUUGAUGCCAUCUGUAAACAUAACUUUGACCCCAGGGUGUGUGGAAAACAUGCCACUAUGUUUGGUCAAGGCAGCUAUUUUGCCAGAAAGGCAAGCUAUUCUCACAACUUCUCAAAGAAGUCACAAGAAGGUGUUCAUUAUAUGUUCUUAGCAAAAGUCCUUAUAGGGAAGUAUACAUUGGGCAAGCCUUCAAUGCGGAGACCACCACCACAAUCCCCUGCUGACCCUUCUAGUGACUUGUAUGAUUCAUGUGUGGAUAAUCUGCUGGACCCUCAGAUUUUUGUCAUCUUUAAUGAUGACCAGAGCUUCCCCUACUUCAUUAUUCAGUAUGAGGAAGUUGGAAGUAUAGUCACUGUUUGAUGGACAAUGAUUUAACAGUUAUUACAAACAAAGACUGGAGAUGCUACAAUGAACUUGUCUACACACUAUCGACUUUGAGGUCUUUAUAAAUGGAGUUACAGAUAAACUACAUGACUCUCUCAAAUGACCACCUGAUGUGAGACUACUGGAUUUGCAGUUCCUUGACCAGUGUAAAUAGUAUAAUACAUUGCCUUGAAAAUAUUCAGUUGUUGAUGUGCCUCUGCUUGUGAAUGAGUGUAUUUAUAUUGGAAAAAAUGUUGCCCAUUUUUAAUUCUGAAGUAUUUGAGAAAGUUGUAUACUUGACCUGAAUACAGCAGUUUUAUUUUUGAAUUGUCAGAAGCUGAAGUUGUGAAAUUAAAUGUUGAGCACUUUUUUAAACCAAAGUUUUAUACUGAAAGACAUUGCUCGUGAUCUCAACAGGGUGAAGCAACUGCCACAAAUACAAGGGACAAGUGCAUUAUGCUUACCUUACUUGCAGUAGAUAAAAUUUGCCACAAAAGUCAUGUCAUUCGCCACAAGGAAGGAAGUCCUUACCGUGAGAAAGAACCAACUGGGCCUUUCUCAGAGCUGUAAAUUGUGGUGACUGCACUCUUGAUCUCACUGACACACUCUUCACUUCUCAAUCUUCUCUAACAAUUUUCUUGGUCCAAUUUUCUCCUCCACCAAUAAAUUGAGACCAACAUAUUGCUGUAUGAAAAAGGCAGAACUGUACAAGUACAUCUGUGUAAUUCAUUAUUUGUAAAUCGAGGAAAUAAAAAUGUUAAAAGCAAAAACAUCCCAUUAGUAAGUACCAAAUACCCUUUUAUAUUCCUAGAAUCUCUUAAAAUCUUAUUACCAUUUCUUUACUACUUUUUUAGUUCACAUUAAUGAGAAGACUGCACAACCCUUCAAAUAACAAUGCUGACCUGCAGUGAUGAUGUGUAUCAGGUUUUUAGUGUAAAAUUUUGAAAGACUGAUGUUUUAGAAUCAUUUGGCUGGAGAAACUUUGACUGUGCUGUGAAAUAUUCUCCAUACUCCUUGCUUUGUUGACCAGAUUCAAGGGAAGGCUUGCUUCAGUUACUGAAAGUGGGGUCAAUGAGGUUUGAAAACAUUACAUUGCAUUAUGGGAGCAACUGUUUGUAGGGAAACCAAUUACACCACUUCACGUAGUCUAUUGGAGGCAGUGACAUCUGGCUAUUAUGUCCUCGCAAAAAUGUUAGGCCAGCAACAGUUGAAGUUAGAUGGGAUCUGCCUGACUCUAAUGCAAUACUGUCUCUCAUUAAAGUGAAAUAAUUAUUCCAAAAUUGGCUUCAUGACUUGCAAUCGUCAGCAAUCAGUAGUAGCUGAUUAAAAAUAUUUUUUUAAAAAUGUUGAUCUGGGUAGGCAUGCAUAUAUUCUUAACUGUCCUAGGACCUCUGACAAUAGAACAGGAGGACAUUUGUUGAACCUGUUCCUUAUAGGCACUUUGCACAGAGUGAACAGCUGUGACUAUUAAAGACUAAACCCCGCAAUUUGAUUUCAAUUACUUAAGAGUUAGAAUUCGGUAAUAAUUACUUUUAUAAACUUGAAAAAUAAAGGCACACAUAAGCCAAGUACAGAAGCAUGAUAUACUAAAACAAAGUUAUGCCUGAUUUUAAAAAGUACUAAUUUCUCCCAUAUUUGGGAUAUACUGUAAUUAUAGUUGGCACCAUACAAGAUCAAAAAGCCAGAGUUGCCAAUAAAACAAAAGGGAUAAAAUUACUACUGGUUUGAGGAAGAGCAUCCAUAUUGAAUUUAAAAAAUGGGUAAUUGCAGAAGGGCACAAAUGAGAUAAAAUGUAAAAUCCUUUGGUUUUGAUACAUUUUACCAAUUUACAUGUCACUUAAUUAAGCAAAGGCUAAAUCCAUAUCCUGUAUUUGGUUAAGUUGAUUAUGUAUUUAUUGCCAGUGAAUUGAGUCUAAAAUUGAGACUGAUAUAAAACUGCAGGUAGAUCUGUGCAUUUAUAUUGUUAAAUUCGGUUUCAGACUGAAAUUACACUGUUUUGAAACUUGAGUAAUAUCGCUGUGUGUUUUUUUUUUAAAGCUGUGAAUGAGAGACCACCUUAUCACGUCGGUGACAAAUUCUUCUAUUUGAUCACCCUUCAUAUGGUAGAGAAAAGAAUUUGAUUUGUCAGUUAAGCAUAGGUAUGAUAGGAAACUUCUCCCUAUUGUUAUGUGAAACUAAAAGAAUUGGCCAUUAUUAUAUGCAUUACUCCUUUGAUAUUACAGCACUUAAUAUUGGAUGAAUCACCAGUUUUUAAUUGUCUUUGCCUUAAAUUCUAUAGAAUACUGUAAAAUCUUUGUACAGAAAUAGGCUUGCGGCUUUUUAUGACCACAUUUUGCCACAAACCAAUGCACGGAUUGGUGAAUUAAUUUAUCACGUUACAGCACAAUUAGUUCCAUUAUUAGAUGCAUUUGUUGAAAUGCAUGUCAACUAAGUGUUUGCCUUAAAUAUAUUUAAGGUUUUUUUUCCUUCCUGUUUCUAAUAAGCCUGCAUAGGUGCAAGAGAGAGUUUACCCAAUUUAUUUAUUGGGGAAGAAAAAAAAAAUCUCACAUCCUCCAUGCCAAAUGUGUGGCCCUUUUAAAGGGAACAGGCCAAGUUUUAACUCUUAAGUAAACAAAUUUUCAUUGAGUUAAUAGCUCUUCCAAGAGCUCUAGAAUUAUUGUAUACCAAUUGAUGACACUGAGCUGUACUUACUGACUCAAGUGAUUUUUAAAAAAAAUGAAAUAAAAUUAGCCAACUUAUUUCCUGAC